GUGAUGUCGGCUUCCAACCUCACUGCAUGACAUCGUAGAUGCUUGAAUGCGAAACAGCGGCAAGAGAUGUACAACAUGAAAUUAAACAAAGAGGGACAAUACCGUUGAGUGCGUAACACGCAAAUCUAACUACGUCCCGUACUCCAAAAAUCCGCUUUUCAUUUAACCACCCGACGUUUCGCCAUGGCAGCAACCACGUUCGACGACCUCGAGCUCGACCCGCAGGCGGAGGACUCCUCGUCCGACGAAGACUUCAACCCGGACGUACCCAACCAACCGGAGGAAUCCGCGUCAUCGGAAAGCGAGGCUGAAGCGCUGACGGCUGCGAAAACACGGGGGAAGAAGCGGAAAGCGCCCGACGCAGACGGCCAUGAGGAGCUGGAAUGGGACUCCGGCGACGAGAAGAUAGUUAAGGAGCGCAAGAGGAGACGGAAGAAGGGAAAGCGGAAGGAUGAUGAGGUUGAUAUAUCGGAGGAGGAGGAGGGAGAAGCGGGAUUCAUUAAGACCAGAAGCCAAAGGAAGACCGAGGCUAUAGAGCGCAAAGCACUCGCAACCACAAAAGGCUCAACCGUCGACGUCGACGCACUCUGGUCCUCCAUCACCAGUGCCCCCAUCCGCGCCACCUCAGUCCUGAAACCUCCCGCCACCCACGAUCCCUCCUCCCUCCCUAAUCCCUCCGCCCCUCAACCAGCUGCCAUCGCCGACUCCGAAUCCAUCACCAUAACCCGCACCUACCAAUUCGCCGGCAAAACCCACCACGAUUCGCGGCGCGUGCCCAAAGACUCCGCUGAAGCGAAACUGUAUCUCUCCUCCCUCGAAGCCUCCAAAGCCAAACCGACCACCGAUGCCGACCAACCGACCGUUGAUGGCGAUGGUGCAACUGGUCCCGAUGGAUUACCCAGCGACGAAAUCAAACCCCCCCCUCUCCGACGCCCGUCCAAGCGCCCCUCUCGCUUCGACCCCAACCCCACUGGGAUCGUCCGCACCCUCCCCGCCGAGCUCCAACUAACCUGGCCGCGGACGCGCGCCCCCUCCGGACCGGCACCCUCGGCCGUCACGCACGCGAAAAGCAAGGCGCUGGCGGCGACGAAACUGAACACGGUGGAUAAGUCGCGAUACGACUGGGUGGGGUUCGUGGAUCGCGAGGGGAUCGCAGGGGAGUUGGAACUGCAUGGGAGGGCGAAGGGGAAUUAUUUAGGGAGGAAGGUUUUUUUGGAUCGGGUGGAGGCGAGGAGGGACGAUGCGGGGAAGGCGGGGUGAGAGGAGGGAUUGGGAGGUCGAAGGUGCUAUUGUUUGCUGCGAUACCAGCGAUGGGUUGUCUCGAAGGAGGCUGCCAGGAAUAUACCCCUUUGGAUCACUUUGAUUUCAUUCAAGGCAGGGCUAAGAGCUGGACAGUCCCUCUGUGGGCCUCGUGGAAUGUGUUCACUGCUUGAAGGAUGAAUCGCUCCGUCAACGACGAGUUCACAAUGUGUAAAUGAAUAGAUAAGAUGUCAUGAAACAAGAUAUAGACAAAGAGUGCAACCUCGGCCU